UUCCAAAAAAUGGCUAGGAUUGCGCUGGCUGCUCGAUUGCAACAAGUAAUUACUCCUAAUGCUUUCCGAUCUUAUCUUGCAGAGUUCAUCUCCACCUUCUUCUUUGUAUUCGCCGUUGUGGGUUCUAUGAUGUCCUCCAAAAAGUUAAUGCCAGAUGCUGCAUCAGACCCAGCAAGUCUGGUGUUGGUUGCCAUCACAAAUGUCUUUGCACUGUCCUCCGCCGUGUACAUUUCUGCCUCCACCUCCGGCGGCCAUGUAAAUCCGGCCGUCACCUUUGCCAUGGCCGUUGGAGGUCACAUUAGUGUCCCUAUUGCCCUCGUCUACUGGAUUUGCCAAUUGGUGGCUGCUGUCAUGGCUUGCCUUCUCUUAAGAGUCACUGUUGUUGGACAGCACGUUCCAACAUAUGCAAUCACAGAAGAAAUGACAGGAUUUGGAGCCUCCGUUUUGGAGGGGGUCCUAACAUUUGCUCUAGUCUACACUGUUUAUGCUGCUGGUGAUCCAAGGCAUGGUGCAUUGGGGGCUAUGGGGCCAUUAGCAAUAGGAUUCAUGGCAGGGGCAAACGUCCUGGCAACCGGGCCGUUCUCCGGCGGAUCCAUGAACCCGGCUUGUGCAUUCGGGUCUGCAGUCAUUGCUGGUACCUUCAAGAACCAAGCGGUUUACUGGGUCGGACCUUUGAUUGGUGCUGCAGUUGCUGGUCUUCUAUAUGACAAUGUGGUGUUUCCUGUUCAAGAUUCUCUUACUGGGAAUGAAGAUAGAAUUGGAGUGUAA